ACAAGAAAAUUUCAUCAGUUUACUUGAUUUGAACUAAUUGGUCAACAACUUGGCAUCUGUCUAGGAUUGGUUGGUUUUGUAAACGACAAUUGAUUAUGAACGCCGUUUUUAAUUUCUUUCAGUUUUGCUUUAAAGAAAAUUAUACUAUAUAUUAUGAAUUAUCUCCGUUUUAUAAAAAGAAUGUCUAUGAUAAAAUGUACGUGGUAAAUAUCCAUGGUAAACGCUUCUUAAAUUAUGACUAAUUAUUACCUUGGAAAUGAAAUUUAACCUUGAAUUUACUUGGCGUACCAUACAUGUUUCCUGUUUUGUUUCUCGAAAAUUUUUGUUCCGUAAAAAAUGUUUAAUAUUUUCAUGCUCGUCGCUUUAUAUUUGUAAAUUUGUAAAUAGUCGAUAGAUUUGAUGCUUAAAACCAUAUAAAUUUUAACUACUGUUAAGAUACAUAUUUUUUAACAAAUUGCAUAUUACAAAAAAUAUAUAUAAUUUUUUGAUCAAAAAAAAAAAAAAGAAAAAAAAAAGAAAGAAAAAGGACAAAAGAUAUAUCGUACGGAAUUAUAGAUAUUAAGUUUUACGUAGUUUUUCUGGAUGUUUUUUGACACUUUCGUAUGUGACACAUAACCAAUAAGUGACUAUAUGACUUAAGAUAAAAUAAGAAAAAAACUACGUCGAAUACAAUGGAUGAAAACGAACGAACAUCACAAACAUUACAUGUAACUUAUGGAAAUUCUAAUGUAUUGAGUGAAAUAGUUUUUCAUGCAGUGUACAUACCUGAGGAAAAUGUUGACUCUUCAAUAGAAAACAAUACUAAAGAAAAUAUUCGAGUUUAUCAAGAUAAAGCUGAAGCUUUGAAGGUAAUUAAAGAAUUUAAAACUGGUCGUUUAAAAUCAUUUAAAAAACGAUCAGAGGCUGAAGAAUAUGCUAAGACUGGCUUUGAGAAAGCAAAUUAUGUGAAUAGUACCUCAAUAUGUUCAACCGUACCUGUAAUAGAAGAAAAAUCAAAUAAUUUUAAAGCUCCACGCUCUCAAGAGCUUGUAUGUUUUAGAAAAUUAAUUAAAGAUGGAGAUUUAUAUGCUGUAAAAACUACAGUAUGGGGUAAUCCACGAUAUUUGAUUGGUAGCGGAGAUACACCUGCAAUUUUGCAAGAAGGAUGCCGUUAUAAUGCAUUACAUAUUGCAGUUAGAGCAGAUAGACCAGAUAUGUGUGAGUUAAUAUUAAACACUGUUGGAAACACAGACUUUAUAAAAUUACUUUAUGGUGAUGAGUGCAAGAGUUAUGUGGAUCGUGCACAGAUUAUGUUAGAUUUAUAUUUAAAUACACCUGAUAAGGGAUUGAAUGAGACUCCGUUACAUUUUGCAGUUAAAUUUGGUUUAAAAAAUGUAGUUCGAGUUCUUGUUUCUUAUCCAUGUUGUAUAAAAACAUUGCCAAAUAAAUAUAAACAACUACCAAUAGAUAUAAUUUGUAGUAGAACGCAUCAAGAAGAUGAAGCAUUGAAAAAAGAAAUACGUUUAUUACUAGAAGAUCAGUAUUAUGUACCUGUAUUAAGAUCAGAUGAUAAUACAUUACAACCUAUGAUUGGGGAGCCUUUCUCUCCUACUAAUCCUUUGAGCUUAAAUACAGAUCCAAUCAGUCCACGUUUAGAAGUACGUGCAUUUGCUGGACCAAUGACAAAAUCUCGAGCAUUAGAAUUUAGAAAGAAAUGGAAAACGCCACCACGUCUUCGCAUGACUCCUAUUAAAAAAUCUGAUGACGAAUCUGAUGCUAUAUAUAAUUCCACCAAUAAUUUAACUUUAAGAUUACAAGAUGCAGAAAAGGGACUUGAACGAGUUGGAAGAGAUCUAGCAGAAGAAUAUCAGGUUUCGUGGAAGGAAUAUUGGCUAUUUUUAAACGAUUUUGCAGAUUUUCGUACUACUGAGGGUUUAACGAAACUUGAAAAAUAUUUAGAACGUAAAUUCCAGGAUCAAUUAUUUCAUUAUAAUAAGACAUCAAAUGAUAAUAUAAUUAAUUCAAACGGAAAUUCAGAAAAAAAACCGCAAAUUGAUGAAAUAGAUUAUUUAUGUAAUAAAUUACAAUCAUGGUCAUUACUUACAUCGAAUAAUGAAGAACAAAAUAAUGUAGACGAAUUAGAAUUUUUCACACCGCCAUCAUCACCAAAAUUAAUGGUAGAUAGUUCUGAUGAUGAAAUGCAAAGUGCAGAGGAAGGUUUUGGGACAUUUCUGGAAGGGCCAGUACCAACAAAAUUAGAUCAUGCUGUUUAUAAUGCAGUGUCAACAUCACUUAAUUCCAUUACAUAUCCAAACAUCUAUCGUUGGCAACAUGACAUGCAACUUGCUAUGAAACGUGAUUUACAUAGAAAAAAUAGUAUGAAGACAAUUAGAAAAAAAUUGAUUAUGAGUUUUUAAAUAUGUGAAAUAUCAAAAUAUUGGACAAUGUAUAAAACUAAAGCUAUAAAAAUUUUUAUAUUGCGCACAAUAAUAAUAAUUUGUUAAAUAACA